AUGACGGCAAGGAACCAAAACAUCAUCCCAAAAGGAUUCAAACUUAAAUCUUCCAUAACCAGUAAACGUGCAAAGAAAAUCUUAGAAGAAGCCAGCAAAAAACUAGAACGAGAAAGAAUAAACUUCUACAGAUGGAAAAACAUAAUUAAACAACGGGAAUUAAUCAUAAACCAGGUCAAAGAGAACACCUCCACACACUUAUUCAACAAUAUUAAAUCACACUACAAAAAGACUUUAGACAACAUAAAAAGAGGACAUAAGAGAAAACUAUCAAAACUACAAACUGCUUCACCAGACACCAAACAAAAAAACACGGUAGUCAGCAUAUCAACUCACAUCAUUGGAAACAGGGAUUCUCGAAAAAGGCUUAGGUUUUGCUACCGCAUCCAAAAACAACACUAUACAGGUCAUUACAGCCAUCCAAUUGAUGGCAAAUCAAUUAACAGAAGAAACGCAAAUGAACUUCGAUGGAAAGUAAAGUCAAUAAUUGAGGAACAACUAAAAACAAACAAAAACAUCAAAAUACUACCUGCUGACAAGGGCAACGUGACCGCAACAUACAGGGCAAAAAAUAGAGAUGGAAAACACCACCAAGGACCUAACCAACAACGGCUAUCCCACGAAGGGAUCAUAAAAAUUCUAAACGAACAGAGAAAAACAGCGGCAAUAAAAGAAGAGCACACCACAUUAACAGGACAAUACCUUACGAACAGGGCAACUCCGAGAAAAUUAGAAGAAUCGCAAAACCUCUAG